CCACCUGUCGAUGCAUACAUUGUUUAAAACUACCCGUGGCAUCCAUCUUCGUCCUGAAAAAUCGUCCUUGUUGAUCCGGACAACUCUUUAACAGAUGUUGCCGUCUAACCCCAAAAAGCGACAGCGCGUGAUUCAUCACCGCCACAUCUCUACUGCCACCACUUCCCGACUUUCCUCCACCGCCGCACUUAUCGAUUCCUUGUCCUACAAAACCGCUACAGAAACCUCCCAGAAGCUCCGCCGCACAUCCUCUCAUCCCCUCUUCCCAUCUUCCUCCUCCUCAUCAUCAUCAUCCGCCUCCACCACCGCCGCCGACACUUCAUUCAACGAUCCCACCACAGCUGAUGUCAUCCUUCGCCUUUUUCUGGACCCAACGGCUCCCUUCACCGACGCUGAUGAUUCAGUUUCCUCCGUUGAUAGCCAAUCCGACGUCCAGAUCUACCUCCAUUCCCCAGUCCUCUGCCGCGCCAAGUAUUUCUCCGCCCUCUUAUCCUACCGCUGGCAAAACAAUUCCUCCAUUGAAUCCAGCAAUCCCAUUUCCGAUUGUAAGAAUUUGACGUCUUUGAAAUUUGGAGUCCCGCCUACUCAAGGCUCCAUUGAUAUUCAUCUAACCGUGCUUGAACUCCUUUACACUAACGAUUUCGGCACCGUAAUCAACUCUGCAUCCGUGGCUCUUGAUAUUCUACCGGUGGCCUUGGAAUUGUUAUUCGAGGAUUGCGUGAAGAAAUGCGUUAAAUUCCUCGAAGUAGUCCCGUGGAGCGAAGAGGAUGAGAAACGUGUGCUUAGCUUGAUUCCUUUUUUGCGCGAGGAAGAAUCUGAAGAGCUUUUAGCUAGGGUUUCGCCUGGGAAGGAUGAUUCAUGCGAGGAAAUGCUUCACGGAUUGAUCUUAUCAGCAAUUCAUAUCCACCCUCACAUGGCGUUUGUGAAGGCAUUCGUAGCGAAGCUGUUGAGGGAUUUUUCCUCGAGAGAGUCGGCGAGGAGGGGUUUGGAGAGAGCUUUUGAGGCGAGUUUGAAGAUUGUGAAGGAUUCGCUGGAGGAGUAUUCGAGUCCUGAUUUUAGAGGGGACCAUAAUGAGACGGAGGCGAUACAGAGGCUUAGCCUGCACAGAGCCUUGACCAAUGGGAAGCAUUUGCUGUGGCUGGUUGAGAGGAUGAUUGAGCUGAGGGUGGCUGAUUGCGCAGUGAAGGAGUGGAGUGAGCAGCCGGCUUUCACUGCUGAUUUGCAGCGCGCGUUUCGUGAAGAUGCCUGGAGGAAUAUCGUCCCGGGUCUUCCUGCUGUUGUGCUUCGCUGCACUUCUAAACUUGCCAAUGCGGUUGCUGCUGGGACCAUUUUGGCUGCUAGACAGGUAAGGAUGAAGCUUGUAAAGGACUGGCUUCCUGUUCUGAUUGUAUGCAAAGACAAUGUAUCACCAAUGUCGCCUAGUCAUAAAUCACUGUAUGUAGAGCUGGAAGAGACAUUCUUAAGAAUUAUCUCUACAUUGCCUAUGUCAGAUGCACAAGAGUUGUUGCAGCAGUGCCUCAGCUUCUCAACUCGAAAUGUUGAAGAUUGUCCUCAUUUAGUCGUUGCAUUCAACACUUGGUUCCGCCGUGCAAUGCGACCUCCACGAGGCAACUUUUUUUAGAAAGAUGCACCAUCUUUUGUGAACUUUUGACCUCUUCUGUUGAUUCUCAAUGGAGAUUCUGGAUUUAUUUUCAGAUAUUGUGUAUGGUACUCCGUUGUCUGUAUUAGUGCGUAGUUUACCCUGUAUAUAUUAUAACCGAUGUAUGCAGCAAGAGCAAACCUGAAUGCUCAUUCUGCGUAUCUUUUCCUUUUCCUUUAGGAGGCACUAGCGCCUUUUGAAGUGAAGGCAGUUGCUUCCAUCGUGUGGACGGCUGUUUCCUAUAGCAUGUGAUGUACAUAGUUAAUUCCAAUUUUUAGAGCUUUUCUUAUUC